UUGCUUCUUUUCCUGUAAGCACAUCCGGUGGUCUCAGCUUGAGGUAUUGCCACCUGCUGGUCGGCAGGAGGACUGUGUGGAAACGAAGUUUGCGACCAAUAGGUUGGCGGUGGUUACAGCCCGAGCCCACUAAGAGUGAUUGUGGUGGAAGGGAAGCCUGCUGGAUUUCGCCACUAACACAUUAUUUUAUCAGAUGGAUUCAGUGAGACGUCCCUGAGUGGUUUUAACAGGACAACAGAAGCUACGCAGACUACGCGGGUAACAUGGCAACCGGAGGCACUCCUUUGGACGACAGCGCGGACGAGUUGCACAACUGGACUGCAAGCAACGCCAGUCUGGAGGACAGACUCAACAACAUGGUAAAAGACGCUGAUCACAGGGGCAAAAGCAAUGCUUGGGGUGCACAGCAGCAGAAGAAGGCCAACCGAUCCUCUGAGAAGAACAAAAAGAAGCUGCCGGCUGCUGUGGUGGAAAGCCGCCUGACCAACGACAUCUCGCCCGACUCCACCCCUUGGAGCGGGCGCCGCAGACCCCUGCAAAUGAAAUAUGCCGCCCAGUGGUCUGUGCCAGACCAGGCGGAACUCGACAAGAUCCAUCAGAGGAUCAAUUUCUCUGAUUUGGAUGAGAGCAUCGGGAGCGACUCCCAGGGCCGCGUCACCGCCGCCAACAACCAGCGACAGCUGGCGGGGGAGAGGAAGAAGCCCUACAACUUCCUGCCGCUGCACGUCAACACUAACAAGAGCAAGGAGCCGCCCCCACCCGCCUCCUCGGCCACCCCGCCCACUCCGGCCGUCUCCAAGGAAAGUAAGAAAGCGAGCCCGGCGGCGAGGGAUGCGGUUAACCCCACCGCCACACCUGCCAAGGAAAUACCAGCGAGGCUCGUGUGUGGUGGCAUCGAGAGGGCUCCGGUUGCACUUGCUGACUUUGAGGGAGGGGAAGCCGGCAUUGAAAUUGGCCUGUUGGUGAGCAAGCUGGUGCAGGUUCGCGAGUACAUCAGCAAGGCCAGCUCCAUGCGCGAUGACCUGGUGGAGAAGAACGAUGUGCCCGCCAAUGUGGAGCGCCUUUCUCAUCUCAUCGAGCACCUCAAGGAGCAGGAGAAGUCCUACUUGCGCUUCCUUAAGAAGAUGCUGGCUCGGGAGAACGAGGACGAUGACAUUAGGACCCAGGACUCUGCAGUGGGCUCCGGGUCUUUGGUAGAGAGCACUUCACUGAACGCUGAUGUGAGAACUUCAGACGCUUCGAAUGCAGUGGGCGGCUGGCCUGAAGCAACUAUGCAAGACCAGAAGGAAGAGCUGGAGAACUUCCGCAAGCAGCACGAGCUGCUGAAGAAGAUGCUGGAGCAGCAGGAGCAGCUGAGGGCCCUGCAGGGCCGCCAGGAGGCGCUACUGGCCAUGCAGCACAGCGCGGAGCACGCACUGGCCGUGAUUGAGGACGCAGCAGUUGUCACGGAAACCACCGGCAGCGUCUCGGGCCUGAGCAUCACAUCGGAGCUCAAUGAUGAGUUGAAUGAUUUGAUCCAGCGUUACAACAACCAACUGCGGGACUCCCAGGCUAAUUCAGUCCCAGACAACCGUCGGCAGGCAGAGAGCCUCUCCCUCUCCAGAGAAGUGAGCUGGUCCAGGACUCCCCGGGCUUUCGGCCCCCCUCAACACAGGCCCGUCCUGCACUCGGCCUCCGGUCCUCACACUGGCCUGGACACGGGGCCGACGGCUGCCAGCGUGAAACUCAGCCACCUCCAAGAGCUCCAGGACAAGAAGGAAACCAUGGACAAGAUCUUGCACGAGCUGCACUCGCUCAGAGACCAGACGCUCAACAACAACUACUGUGGUGGCUUCCCGGCGCAGCGUAGUUUGAGUACAGGGGGAUCUUCAGAUUGUCCGUCUGCUGUUUGCUCAAAUGGAGCCGCAGCCUCCUUUCAUCCAUCGCUCACACAACACGAUGACAGUUCCAACCCCGUGGACAAACUCAGGAAGCUGAAGGAGGUCCACAAACGUUUAAAUGAGCUUCGAGAAUUGGUGCAGUACUUCCAGCAGACCUCCGACAUGAUGGUGGAUGCGGUCAAUGAAAACGUGAAGGAGGACGAUGAGGAGGAGGAGGAGACUGAGGACGGCUCCAUGCUUGAGGCCAUGUUUGACUCUGAACAAGAGAAUCGCCAGCCCCCCACCAACAUCAGAAACCCACAGCGCGGCGGGAACUGGAGCGACUUGAACCGCCGCGGGGGCUCGGGUAGCGCCACCAACGCCCCCAGCAGCAGACUCAACACCAAGUGCGAGAUCAACAACCGGUCAGCGGCCAACCUCCGCAGCUUUAAUGCCCCCUCAGCCAUUGAAUGCCAGUACAACAGGGACACCCCCUACAACUGGGUGAAGGAUGAGGACGGUCUCAAUAAUGACGGGUGUGCACAAGCUGGGCGUCCAGAGGAAGAGGCAUCGGGGUCGCGCUCGAGCAGCAGCCUCACCAACGGCGCUGCUUUCUCUCAAGAGGUUCACCAGCACAUGGCCAAGCAGAAGCUACGCCAUCUGCAGGAGCUUGUAGCCAUGGUUCAGAGUGAUGACACAGAUGCCACCACAGCAAAUGAGGAGGAAGUUCUGCACCAGCAGCAGAAUAACACUAGAGUCUUUGCGGGGGGGCCGCCGGCCGCAGCAUCCACACAGGAUCCCAGGGCAUCUGAUGGCGCUCUUUACAGCAAGGCUAGGGAGAAGAUAUACAAAGAGAAGCUUCGUCAGCAGAAGCAGGCGCUCAAGCAGGUUCACGAGGAGAGUAGGAUGCUUCGCGAAAUCCAGGUCAAGAUCCAGGAUCUCCAGUUGACCUGCCCUGACCUGCAGUCCUCACUGUCCAGCCAAGUGAGCGAGCAAAGUUUGCCGUGGAAGAUCCCGGCUGCAGCUUCCACGCCGGGCGUCGUGCAGUCUUCCUCCUCAUCUGUGCCCAAAACCAGUCCGGCCGUGCUCAAGCCCACCGCCCCGGAAGCCGCCGCAACCGGCGUCACCAACAACGAGCAGCUCUGGUUGGAGAUGCGUCACCACCAGAUGCUACGGGAAGAGCUGCGGCAGCGGCGGAAGCACCUGGAGACCCUGAUGGCUGAAAAUCAGAGGCGCGGCGGCCUCGCUGACUCCCAAUGCAGGACCGGGGAAAAAGCCAGUUCCUCCCAGCCCGUUGGCAGUCGGGAUGAAAGGACAAUGGCCACCUGGGGUUCCACUCCCUGCAACAUGGAUGUGGAUGAGGAUGAUGAGGACUAUCACUCUGAGCACACAGUGGAGGAAGAUGACAGCUCAGAACGCAGCUCUUUGGAUGACAGCGACACGUUCUCCGCGGGCAGGCUUCAGACCACCUACACCAAGAGGAAGAAUCAUGAAUGCAACCCGAAGCCUCCGCCAGCCUUUUCCUGCAAAGCAACUGGCCCGCAUCCUUCCCCUCGUGUCAAGGCAAAGACCAAUCAGCAGCAGCAGCCGCCACACAGAAGUUCCAACCAGUCUGCAAGCCAGCCUGCAGGUACAAGGCGUCAGGAGAAUCUCUGCUGGGCCUCUGAUCUCUCGGUCGCCGAGGGCUCCACCCACUGGCAGGAGCAGAUCAGCCAGCUGCAGCGACAACUGGACUUCAGCACCAACAUGUGUCAAACGCUGAUGCAGGACCAGCAGAUGCUGUCUUACAUGCUGCAAAGCCUGAUGAGGGGCCCGUACAGCAUGGUAUCUAGCAACAUGUCGUCACCGCAGGUCCACCUGGUCAUGCACCAGCUUAACCAGUGUUACACGCAGCUGGCUUGGCAGCAGAACAACGUACAAAGACUGAAACAGGUGCUGAAUGAGCUCCUACAACAACAACAACAACAACAACAACAGCAGCAGCAGCAGCAGGAGCCACAACAACGUUCAUCCCCUGCAGCCCCAGGAUUUCACCCCUUUCCUCUCUUCCCCAUGGGCGAGUUCCCUCAGAGCGCAGCAAGUCAUGCUAGCCCGGACCAGCACAAGCAACAUUUAGACCCCAACACCUCCGUGAAAACAGAGUACAUGAGUUUCCCUCCUCCACUGCAGCGCUCGCCUCUAAAUAUGGCCACAGACGGACGGCCUGCAGCGUGGCCUGACCACACCGUCCUGCGUCAUACACCUCAAACACCCCCCUGUGGACCCCCCACGCCGCCCCGCCACUGCAGCCAGUCUCCAGUGGCGUGCGGCCUGGCCUCGGAGGGAAGCAUCAGCAGCUUGCCUGAUCGAUCGGAUCCCACCACUGUCACAAAGACCUUCAAAACCGGACGCAAGGCCUCCGCCCAGGCCAACUUGGCCUCACGAAGCAGGACGACUCUUUCCAAGAGUCGCCGCAAGAGGGGCAAAGGACUCUGCAAAAACAACGAAGGUCAGCAGAGCGACAGCUUCAGCAGCAUCGCCGACUUUGACCAGGAGAGGGCUGUCUCGUCCCGCCACAAAGAUCAGCAUUUGUUGGACAAACUGACACAGGAGAAGCUGGACAGCAAGGCUAAGCUUGGGCACAAACCCAAUGACCUCUCUUCUGCUUAUGCUUGGAGAACACCCUUCCUCUCUAACAGAAUUGCAUGCACAGAAGCAGCAGAUGCAAGCAGCGACUUCUCCCUCUUUGAGGCGCUGAGGGAGACCAUUUACUCCGAGGUGGCGACCCUGAUAUCCCAGAACGAGUCCCGGCCUCACUUUCUCAUCGAGCUCUUCCACGAGCUGCAGCUGCUCAAUACAGACUACCUGAGGCAGAGGGCGCUAUAUUCCCUGCAGGACCUGGUGAGCAGGCAUCUGGCUGAGAAGAGUGCCUCCCAGGAGAUGCCACCCCUGGGUGCAGCGUCUUGGGCUGGGGGCUCUCAGUCUGAGCUCACGCCCAGCGAAAGCCCCACCACCAGCGAUGUAGAAGCGGUGGAUAAGAACAGGAAAAAGACGGACGGCGCGGAGUCUGGGGGUAAUGACAGCACCGUGUCUUCCGGCCAUCUGGACCCCUUUGCCAAGGACCACCUCACCAACACGGUCAUCCACUUGGACAAAGCCUUUGCCAGGAUGCGCAAAUACGAGCACAAGCUGAAAGGGGACGUGAGCACCGCCGGCGACUCUGACCUCUCAAAUGUCGAGGCGGCUGAGGUGGCGAUGGACGGAGCAUCAGGUGACCUGCACUUCCCUCAGAUCGACACCCAGCAGCUCAGUCAACAAAUCAAGGCCAUCAUGGCGGAGGUCAUUCCCUUCCUCGAGGACAACAUGGACAAGGUGUGUUCCUCGCAGCUGCUGACGUCUUUACGCCGCAAGGUUCUGGCGCUCACCCAGCAGGACGACGACAGCAAGGAGUUUGUUCGCUUCUUCCACCGACAGCUGGGGGGCAUCCUGCAGGAUUCCCUAGACAUGUUCAUGGGCCACACCCUGAAGAACUGCGGUGAGGACCUUGUGGUGGAGAUCUCGGACGUCCUCUUCAACGAGCUGGCCUUCUUCAGGCUCAUGCAGUUCUUGGACAACAGCAUCGCCGUCUCUUCGGAAGCCAAGCAGAAAAGGAAGCGGAAGGCGGAGGCGCCUCCUUUAGAGGAGAACAUGGCGGUCCAGCUCAACGCGUCAUCUGCCGAUGAAGACAAGGUCCGUGCAUCUUCCUCACCUCUCCCUGACUGGCAGGAUAAAGACCACGGAGAGCAGGAUUCUUCUCAGCAGGAUAUGUUCUUGGCCAGUCACCUGACAUGCCGGGACGGUGAUGACGAAGAUGAGGAAGAGGCUGAAAGUCGUGGGAUGCCGCUGUCCAUCAGUCUUUCCAAAGCUGAGACGCAGGCCCUGACCAACUACGGCAGCGGCGAGGACGAGGAGGAGGAGGAGGAGCCGGAGGAGUUCCAAGCGGGGCCCGUGGACGUCCAGACGUCCAUGCAGGCCACGGCAGAAAGCCAGGUGGAGGACCGUGAGGUCGCUUUGGACAGACGGAGCGUUCCCUGUGUGGACGUCACGUCUGAGAUGGAAAGCGACCAGAGCUCAGCAAACGGGACCACUGAGGAGGCCAUCAGCCAUCUGACUGAGGACGAACCCACGCUGGUGGAGAGUCGCAGCAAAGAGGAGGAAGACCAGCCCACGGUCGCCGCCGCUCCACCAGAGACCAGCAGGAGCCCAGAAGUUAAGAGCUUCCCGAAGGACUCGGCCAACACCAGCAGCCCCGACACCGACUCACCCGUCAUGAUCAACGUGGACGAGGCGGGCUCAGGCAGCAGCAGCCAGAGGACGUCGGACGAAGACGACUUUGUCCAAGUGGACGACCUUCCUCUGCAGCUCAGCGUCAUGUGUGAGGAGGAGCUGCAGAAGAGGAUCGUGGAGGAGCAGCAGACCAACGACUUGCGAGUGGAGCUCCUGGGCGACAACACGCAAUCUUUGCCGGGGCUGGUGGGAAACGACGAGGCUCUGAAGGAACCAGGAACCGCUGAUGCCCAGGAAGAGUAAAAGGAAACAUCGGAUCUUCUCCUCAUCUGGAACUUUAUUUCUAAAGCUAACACUGUCGUCCUAAAACACUCAUAAGUUAACUGCUAGCUGCUUUUAUUCCUGUUCUUCUCACCCUGUCACUGAUCACUUGAUCCCUUUUUGGAUGCCAGCUGUGACUUGAAACUAAUUGUUGACGUUUUUCUACAACCUUUGCUCUUUAUUGGCUUUUAUUCUCCAGGCUUCACUUUCACAUCCAUCUUGUUGCAAUCUUAAAACCUUUUCAUUAAAAUGUUUGGACUUCAACAAAA